AUGCCUUACCGUCCAAUUUCUCCUGUUCCUAUUCCAGCUCCGGUACCUCACUAUCAAGCUCCACAACCUCAAUUCCAGGCUCCUCCACCUCAACAUCAACAGAAUAAUCAACCACGUCCAGUUCAGCAGCAACGACCAAAUCAACAGAGGCCAUAUCAACAGUACAAUAAUGUGAAUACCACUCCUAUCCCAAUGACUUACACUCAAUUGCUACCGUAUCUGAUUCAGAAUGGGACUGUCGUGCCAAGGGCAUUACCUCCAAUGCCGAAGCCGCAUAAGCCUUGGUAUGAUGAGAAUGCUAGAUGUGCCUUUCAUGCUAAUUCAGAGGGUCAUACAACAGAGAAUUGCAAGGUGUUCAAACUCCGGGUUCAAGAGUUGAUAGAUCAGAAAAUAUUGUCUUUUGCUGAUGUUCCAAAUGUGGGGAACAAUCCUUUACCUAAACAUGAUAGUUCAGGUGUCAGUGCUAUAGAAAGUUCAACUGAUGAUGGAUUGAUAAAGGAUGUGUUCAAGUUGAAGACUCUUUUAACAGUGGUCCAUGCUAGAUUGAUGGAAGCAGAAUUGAUGAAUGGAGUACAUGAUAAUUGUGUGGUAUGUUCGUCCAACCCCGAUCAGUGUGGUGAAUUCAAAAUUUAUCUUCAACGUUUGAUGGAUCAGCGGGUUAUUCAGUUCACUAGAGCAAAGAUUGAUGAGGACGUUGCUGUGGUUGUGCCUGUGUUUGAUCAGGAGAGGCUUCCCAAGCCUUUUGUGGUCCCUUAUCAGAGAAAUGUUGACCUAGAGCCAGUGGAGAAGAUUGAGCCCAUGGUUAUCCAUGUUCCCGCUCCAUUCUCAUUUGACAGUACCAAAGCCGUACCUUGGAACUAUGAGCCUGUAGUUUAUGUGGGUAACAAACCAGUAAUCUUGAAAGAGCCAGAUGUGACUAACAUCGCUGGAGCUAGUGGUGUGACUCGAAGUGGAAGGGUUUUCGCUCCUGAAGUGACCCCAAACAAAGAAAGUGUACCAACAGUUGAACCAACGAAAGGGAAAGAGGUGAAUCCUCCAGAAGUAGGAGAAGGCUCAUCUAAGAAAGCAGUGACUACUGAAGAGGAUAGAGAAUUCUUGAAGAUCAUCAAGAAGAAAGAUAUCAGUGUUAUUCAGUUUGAUAAUGUGUUUGCUAAUCUCAAUGCUAGUAGUUGUUUGAUGUUCACUGAUGAUGAUUUACCCCCUAAUGGGCGAGAACAUAAUAUGGCGCUUCAUAUCUCCAUUCAGUGUACAGAUGUUACUUUGGCUCGAGUACUGGUGGAUACAGGUUCAUCCUUGAACGUGUUACCUAAGACUACCCUGGCACAAUUGAAUAUUGAAGGGGUGCAGAUGAGACCCAGUGCUUUGAUAGUUAAAGCUUUUGAUGGUUGGGGAACAGUGAUUGAACUACCAGAGAAGAAAGACAAGUGUGGAUUAGGAUAUCAGCCGUCUAUUGAACUUUUCAAAGAUCAGAAUAUACAUCAGGGGAAGGUUCCUAGCAUCCAGGAAAUAUUCUCCAAAGCUGGUUUCCGAAGUGAUGAUCAAGUGAAUGCUCUUGAAGAUGAAGAUCUAGAUUUGUCUAAAAUGGUAUUUUGUGGACCUCCGGAUGCUGCUCUCACUAACUGGAAGGCAACAGAUGUUCCAGAUAUAGUUUCUUUUCAAAGUAAUUUACUGUUUUCUAAAAAACAUCCAAUGCCAUGCCCAAGGCAUAUGGAUAGCUUUGUAGGGCCCAUUUUGUGUUAA